GGACACCCCUGCAGUUCAUAGAACGCAAUGUUGACUUAGGUUAUGUUCAAUUUGUCAGAUUUCAGAUUAGCAAAGUCGCAAACUUUGAAUUUUCAAUAAUAUGGCAAAUAAAUAUUUGAAAGCUUUAGAAUAUCCUGGUGUAGAUUCUAUCAACAUCAAAGAUGAAACAACUUUUAGGAGGAUAGUUGUUUGGCUCGAAAGGAACAAAAUUAAACAAGCUGGGUCUGAAACUGUUAACGCAUUGAGCAACCUCAAAUCUAAUGAAUGGAGAAAAGCAUAUGAAAAGUAUCGGUUAUUCCUAGGAUGUCCUAAUACACUUACCACAGAUGAAGAAUGUCUCAAUUGGCUUGCUGGCUAUGCAAUUCAUGAACAGUAUAGUCAAAAGAAGAAUGUUUAUAACAAACAUGCUGUACAGGAGGAUGUAAAACCAUUGAAGAAUGUUCCUAAUGUCACUACAGAGAAUCCGCUGGAUAAAUUGGAUUUUCAAAGCAACGAAUUUAUGGAAGGAAUUAAUAAAAUUGCCAAAAUGUUGUAUAUCACUCCACACCCGGAUCCUACUAUUACACUGAAAGCUGUACGACACAUUAUCACAGAGAGGUUCACUAGUGUUGCUUUGCAAAAUCCGGAAAAGUUCAUAGUUAAGGGUACACCAUUUCCACUCCAUGAUGCAGAUCUUGGAAUAGAUUUGGGAGAUCCUGUGUUGAAGCACGCAGCAAAAAUAUUAAGGAUGUUGUACAUUCAAGACUUGAGGAACCUUCAAACUAGAGCUAAUGAAUUAAUUGUAAAGGCUCAGAAUGUUACCGCUAAUCCUAAAACGGACACAAAGUUGGGAAAAGUUGGUUUUUGAACUUAUUCUGUAUUUAUAUUAGAUGUAUUUAUUUAUUCCAGUCGAAUAAAAAUUUUCGAAUAAAUUUUGUUUUUUAUUGU